AUAUUAGAGAAGUGCUGUUUUUUAUCUUAAUAAUCCGAGUUUACAACAAACCUGGCUGAUUUUUACCAGCAUGGAUCUGUACUUUAUGGAUUAUAAACUGGGGGAGAGAAAUUAUGGUGGAUUUAUUUAUAAAGAGAAGCUACAAAGAGCGCUCUCUGAUACAGGAACUAACCCGAACUGUGGUGUGUUGUUCAGAUUUCUACAAUGUACACACUUCUACUUUUAUAUUUUACUUGUGAUGGAAUCAGCCAGAAGAAUGGAUACAAGUAUAAUGUGUUAUCCAAUAUAUCAUCUGAAUCCCUCUUAAAGUGUGAGAACCGCUGGUAUGCCCAGAAUGGGACGUGCAUUGCUGACUGGAGCUCCUCUCUGCCGAUCAGUAACUCAUCAGUUAUUGAGGUUAAACCAGGGUUCCUAAUAAUUAAGGAGUGUCUGAACCGUCUGAACCAUGUUCUCAUAUGUGUUGAUUCAACUAAUGGACAAACCACUACGCUUAAUCACACAUAUAACGUUUCCCCAAUUAGUACACCAAGCCCCCCUGGAACCAGCAUUUUCACAAAUUGUACAUCAAACCCCCCUGGAACCAGCAAUAACUCUUUCUGGUUCCUUCUUUUCCUGCUGCUCCUCAUUCCGAUUGCUGCUGGCGUGUUUUACUGGUUGAAAAAAUGCAGAUACCAACAAACUGUUUGUCGGCGUCCUGAUGGGAGACGUGAAAACAGGAAUGGAAUUGCUCCACAGCAGUCAGACCCCCAGCCAAACGGAACAACUCCACUGCCGAACAACAACGCUGCUGCAAUUCCAAAGCCUGAUGAGAGAACCAAUAACAGAAAUGCUGAUACUGUGAAGAUCACCAUGUCGGACCUCCUGCAGAAUGGAGGAGCUCCACUGCUGGACACUCGCGCUGCUACAAAUCGAGAUCCUGAUGAUGUGGAAAUGAAUGGAAACGUUAACGGGAAGAUCAACCCGUCGGACAACCAGCACAAAGAAGAAACUCAAGUACUGAACAACCAAACAGCUGCGGGUGAGGAGUGAGUGUGUGAUCUCCAUGAGCCAAUGAGAAACGCUGGUUCAUCCUAGAAUCUUCUUCCUGCCUGCUUUUAUUCUGCACUUUUAUCUUUGUUUGUCUUGCAGUAGUUUUUCCAAGGCAUUAUAGUUCUUAAACUUU